UCAUGCAUUUAACCAGAUUACACAGGGUCAAAAGUGCCGUUUUCAGAAAAAUACUACGUUAUGUACGCUGGGACACUGACCGCAUUCCCAGCAACAUAUUCAGGCGAGACAACGGCUGUAGAAGUGAAGAGGAGUCAGAAAAUGAAACUGGGAUGCCACUGAGGAUUGCGUUCCCUGGGGUACGGGGCUGGCCGGAGGGCUCGUAGCUGUGCGUCACCGGGGACAGAGGUCGUGCCGCACAUAGCUUUUCAGGGAAGGGGCAACACAAUGCUGGUUUCAGAGAGACACCUCACCAUGACACCCCAGGAUGUUCACGCUACAGCGAAGCCUCAACAGUGACAGAGAAACAGGCUGAAGCAGCAGCGAUGGACGUGUUCAAGGGCGCCCCACGUAUCCGGGCGUAUCCCCGACCGGUAGUGGUGUGCAGUGGUGCCGAUGCCACCCUGACAUGUAGGAUCAGUGGGAACCCCCGGCCAGAGGUUGUGUGGGAGCGGAACGGCAAACGCAUUCCCUCUGGGGGGCACUGCCGCCCUCACGAGGAGGGUGAUGUCUAUAGCCUCACAAUCUUAGCAACAACCCUUGACGAUGCUGGCCAGUAUGUCUGCAAAGUCAAGAACAGUGUGGGAGAGGCCUAUGCAGCUGCAACCCUAAAAGUGGAAGAGACAGAAGAGAGGGUAUCAAUGAGAGAGAAUGGAAAGAGUGACCUCAAGGUGGAGAAGCAGAUGGGGGAGAGGAAGGAGAGGGCUUCAUUCAUUGAUGGGGGGGUUGGUGACCUCAAGAUGGAGAAAAAGACAGAGGAUGGAGAGGAGAGGGUGUCACCCAGACAAAACGGAGAGAGCAAAACCAAGGUGGAGAGAAAGGUGGAAGAGAGGGAGGAGAGGAUAUCACUUCAAAACAAUGGGUUGCCCACUGACAAGGUGGAAUAUAAGGAGCAGAAUAAAGGAGUGUCCAAGGACAAUGGAGAUACUAGCCUGAAACUGGAAAGGAAGCAGAAUGAAGCGGGGCUGCCCAGGAAAAAUGGGGACAUCACCAAUGAGAUGGAGGGUGAGGAUGAGAAGAUGGAGGACAGAAGGUCAUCCCUGGACUAUAAACAAACCUUGAAGGUUGAAGACAAGAAGGAGGAGGGGAGGUUUUCCAGGGACAACAUACCAAUCAACGUGAAAGUGGAAAACAAUGUGGAAGAGGGAUGUUCACCUACUGAUAAAGGAGAAACAAGUCUUAAGGUGGAAGACAAACAGCAGGAGAGGAGGAUAUCAACGAGCAACAUGUACAGUAACUGGACGUUGGAAGGCAAGGUGGUGGAAGGGCCUGGGGACACCCUGAAAGUUAAUGGAAUAGAGGGUGGUUUGCCGGGAGUUUGCAAUGGGGACCAAACCCUCAAGGUGGAGGAUGAAGGAGGACAAAGAGGAUCACCUGAAGACAAUGCUCCCCAUGUCCUUAUCAGACCCCUUUCUACACGGGUGCAUCUCAGUGAUGAUGUGACGCUGUCCUGCAAACUGUGGGGCCAGCCGUUACCAGAAGUGACUUGGGAGAAAGAUGGUCGGCAGCUCAGCGAGAUCUUUGAGAGUGCACACUUCAGCAUGGGCUACCAAGAUGGGGGCUGGUUCCAGCUCAGUAUCUUUGGCACUCGGGCCCCUGACGCCGGUGUGUACACCUGCAGGGCCAAGAAUGAAUUCGGUGAGGCGCUGGCAGGUGCCGUGCUGCUGGUUGACAAACCAAGUCUGGAGGAGGAAUAUGCCCGCAAUGGGUAUCCCAGGGAUCGGGAGUCACACCAGAGCAGACGUGGACGACAUCACGGCCCCCAGCUGAGAGAGGAUCUCCUCCCCAGCCCAAACAAAGUGAAAAAUUUUGCAGUGACUGAAGGCAAACACGCCAAGUUCCGCUGUUUUGUGACGGGAAAACCCAAACCAGACAUUGUCUGGAGCAAAGAUGGCCACCCAAUUGUGGCAGGGAGGCGUCACCUUCUGUAUGAGGAUCGAGAGGGAUACUUCACACUCAAAGUGCUCUACUGCAAGCAGCAGGACAACGGGACAUAUGUCUGUUCAGCUUCCAACAUGGCAGGGCAUACACUGAGUGCUGUGCAUCUCUCAGUCAAAGAGCCUCGCAUGAGAUUCAGGCAGUCCCUGCGUGACGUGGAGGUACGGGAGAAAGGCUUGGCCGUCCUCGAGUGUGAGGUACCUGAGGAGUCAGUGCCAACUACCUGGUACCUGGAGGACCAUCGGCUGCAGGAAGGCCCGAAGUACGGUAUGGAAGAGUGGGGCAGGAGACGGCGACUCACCAUCCGCGACGUUGGGAUGGACGAUGAUGGCAUCUACCUGUGCGAGAUGGCAGAUGGUGGCAGGAGCAUCGCAGAGGUGGCUGUCAAAGGUACGAUUGUACGAAAACUCCCACGCAAACUGGAGGUGCUCGAGGGUGAAAACGCUGCCUUUUUUGUGGAGGUGGAGGAGGAUGAGAUGGAAGUGAAAUGGUACAAAGAUGGUCUCCAGCUGUGGGACACUCACCAAACCAUCAUAAAGUCCUUUGGCAAGACACAUAUUCUGGUCUUUGUGAACACUGUGCCCCAGGACUCUGGUGUGGUGACCUUCACUGUGGGCAGAUCCAAAACGACAUCUAAACUCAAAGUGAAAGCUGCCAGGCAUGCCCCACCCAGCUGCCCAGCAGGUGCUUGGAUCAGCUCAGACCGAACCAACACCGUCCUUCUCUCCUGGGGCCCGGUGCAGGAUGUGGGGAAGGGCCCCCCAACAGGAUACGUGGUGGAGCGGCAGGAAGUGGGCUCCCAUGAGUGGGUGCAGUGCUUGACCACGGAGGGCGCCACCUCAGCAGAGCUCCCAGGGGACAAUGUGCCCCGCGAGGCUGAAUAUCGUUUCCGAGUCUGCAGCGUGAACAAAUAUGGCAGGAGUGGUCAUGUGGAGUUUCCUGGGUCGGUCCACCUGACACCUAUAGUCAAGAUUCAAACACACCUGGAAGAUGCUGUGGUGCACAGAGGUCAGGAUGCCAGUUUCACAGUUGAGCUCACAGCUUCGGUGUCCGGCACCUGGUUCUGGAACGGCACCAAGAUUGAGGAUGACAGCAGGUUCUCCACACAUCACUCAGAUACCCAGCACUUGCUCCAUAUUCAAAAAGUUCAGGUCCAUGAGCACGGAGCAGAGAUCACCUUCACUGCCAGUGGGGUGAGAGACUCAGCCCUCCUCCGAAUUCGGGCUCCAGUAAAGUUUACACCUCUUGCGGAGAUGGACUCUAACAAACAAGUUGAGCCUGGCAACCCAGUCGUGCUGUACUGUGAGCUGUCGGACCCUGCGGUCCCGGUCCGCUGGUACAAAGACGGGUUGGAGCUGCAAUCAACAGACGGCCUUCUUAUCCAAUCUGAGGGCAACAUGCGCAGGAUUGUCAUUGAAUCAGCCGAGAGCUCCCAUUCUGGAGUUUACAGCUGUGAUGCAGUAGAUGAUGUCAUCAAGUUCAAUGUUGAGGUCAAAGCUCCGUUGCCAAGGUUUGUAGGAGCUCCUGAAAUGGAGAAGAGCACACCUGUGGUACAAGGUGGCCCUAUUGUACUGCAGUGUGAGCUCACAGACCCCAGUGAUCACGUCUGCUGGUACAAGGAUGGAGAGGAGCUCUUCCCACAAAGAGGAAUCGACAUCCAGUCAGAAGGUGCCACUAGACGGCUGAUGAUCCCAUCUGCAAACCUCUCUGAUGCGGGAGUCUACAGCUGUACUGUGGCUGGAGAGGCCAUUCAUUUCAAUGUGAAUGUUCAAGCUCCCCCUGUGAAAUUCAAGGAGGUCACCCCAGAGGAUGUCCACAAGCGCAUUGUGGAACUGGACCCUCUCGUGCUGGAGUGCGAAGUCUCCCGGCCUGAUGCUGAGGUUCGGUGGUACAAAGAUGGCAAUGAGAAACAUCAGGGUGACGAGGUCAAAAUACAGUCCAGCGGCACUUUGAGGAGGCUGAUCAUCCAGUCUGCUCAGCUCUCAGACUCUGGGACAUACGUGUGCCGUUCAGGAGACAGCGAGGCGUUCUUCACGGUGACCAUACGUGAGCCCCCGGUGAUGAUCGUCCAUCCCAAGGAAGACGUUCCUUUGGACCAUCACAUCUCAGAGGAGGUGAUUCUCAGCUGCGAGCUGUCACGCUCCAGUGGUCUUGUACACUGGUACAAAGAUGGCCAGAAGCUACAGGAAGGCGACAAGGUUGUGAUGAAGUCAGAAGGGCCAUACAGAAGACUGGUCAUUCCAUGCAGCACCAUGGAAGAUUCAGGAGAAUAUGUCUGUGACACAGGCGAUGACUCUGCCUUUUUCCAGCUGAGCAUAACAGAAGCUCCAGUGCAUAUUGUAUCUCCCAGCCAGUGCCGUGUGGAGCUGGUCCAUCAGGUGUCAGAGUCGGUGGUUCUCAGCUGUGAGCUCUCCAAAGCAGAGGCAGAGGUACACUGGUACUGCAAUGGUCUGCAUGUGGAGAACACGGAGAGCCUCCUCCUGGAGGUUGACGGGGCACAUCGGCGACUUGUAAUCCCAGGAGCUACCUUCAGAGACUCUGGCGAAUAUGUGUGCAAGACCACUGGUGACUCAGUGACUUUCCUUUUGAGCAUAACUGAACCUCCUGCAAAAUUUGUUGGGUGCGGAGAGAAGCCUGGUCCCAUGCAGAGCAUCGCUGGGGAACCUGUGGUGCUACGUUGCGAAGUUUCUCGCCCCGAUGCUCAGGUCUGCUGGAGGAAGGAUGGCAUGGAGAUCAAACCAAACGCCAAAGUCUGCAUCACUGAGGAUGGAGUGUUUCGCCAACUGACCAUACUCUCAGCAACCAUGAAGGAUUCUGGACAGUAUAUUUGUGGCACCAAGGAUGAUUUCAUGAGCUUCCAGGUGAAAAUUGCUGAGCCUCCAGUCAAAAUUUUGAGAAAAGCAGAGCUGAACACUGAGUUGACAUCCCUGGUGUCUGACGACUUCGUGCUGGAGUGUGAGCUCUCUAGAGCAAAUGGAUCCAUCAAGUGGUUCAAAGAUGGAAAGCGCAUCAUUGAAAACGAGCGGUUCUGUUACGAGGAAGAAGGGCCCUUCCGUUCCCUGGUCAUACUCAGCGCUGAGCUCACAGAUUCGGGGGAAUACCUUUGUGAUGCUGGAGACGACACUGUUGCCUUCACCGUGGUUGUGAAAGAACCUCCAGUGUCGAUCUUGGGUAAGUCCUGUACCCAAGAGCCCCAUAGCCUGGAGGUGGGAGGUGAUCUCAUCCUGGCCUGUGAGGUGUCCCGUCCAAAUGCUCCAGUCCAGUGGUACUGCAACGAGCGGCUUCUGAGCUCCGAUUCUCGAACCUCCAUUGAGAGUUACGGCACCGUGAGAAAGCUGAUCCUGUCGGAACUCCAGCCGUCUGACUCGGGGAAAUACACCUGUGAUGCUGUUGAUGACAAGAUGGUCACCGUUGUGAAGGUCCAGGAGCCACCUGUGCAGUUCCUGAACAAAGACAAAGCGAAUGUGGCCAUUGGCUACGAGAAUGAAAGCGUGACCCUAACGGCACAGGUGUCGCGGGACAACGCGACCGUGCAGUGGAUGAGGGACUGGACACUGCUCAGCGGGGACCGUUUCCACAUGAGCAGUGAAGGGAGCGUUCGGCUCCUCACCAUCGACCCCUUGCAGAGGUCAGACAGUGGAGAGUACAGCUGCCAUACUGACGCAGACCAGAUGAAUUUCAGCCUGCUGGUCAGAGAGAUGAGGGUGAGGUUCACACAGCCUCUGCAGGACACAGUGGGACACUGCAACGGGCUGCUCACAUUACGCUGUGAGCUCAACAAGGCCCGGGGGGACAUGCUGUGGUCGAAGGACGGCCAGGAGAUUGUUCCCAGCCGCCGGUUUGCCAUCCGCGCCAACGGGACAGAGCGCUCCCUCACCAUCCACCGUCUAACCGCAGAAGACGCGGGAGAGUAUGCUUGUGAAUCCAAGGAUGACAGGAGCUGUGCCACUGUCAUGGUAGAAAUGCCUCGAGUGGUGGAGUUCCUUGCAGAGCUCCACAACACCACUGUGCUGGAGGGUGAAGAUGCCACAUUCAAGUGCGUCGUCUCUCCAGAGGAUGUGCUCCUGAUGUGGUACAGGGAUGGUGAGCCCGUCACUGUGGGCGACGAAAGGGUCACCGUGUCCAGAAAUGGGUUGUGCCACACUCUGCACAUCCACAGGUGCCAGCUGUCUGACAGUGGUCGCGUCACGGCUGAGGCCGAGGGACUGGUGUCGAAAGCCAGCCUUCAGGUGCAAGAGGCACAGGUCCUCUUCACCAAGAAGAUGGAGCCAGUGGCAGCGGAGGAGUAUGCCGAUGCCACCUUGGAGGUGGAGGUGAACCUGGAGUCUGCUGAGGUGCAAUGGAUGCGGCAGGGCGUGGUCAUCCAGUCGGGCCCCAAGUACACGGUGGGGAGCUCGGGUCAGCGGCGGAGCCUCACCAUCCACAGCCUGGGCAUCUCCGACCGUGGUACCUACUGCUGUGAGACGCUGCACGACCGAACGCAGGGGAAGCUGAUCGUGGAACCACGAAAAAUCAGCAUCUGCAAGGAGCUGAGGGACAUUGAAACUUUUGAGUACGAAGCAGCCUCUUUCGAGGUGGAGCUGUCGCACGCCAAUGUGGAAGGAGUGUGGCAGAAGGAUGGGCUCCGCCUCAAGUCUGGACACCAGGCGCGCCUCAGCACCAAAGGACGGCUUCACAGCCUCACUCUGUCGAGCAUCACCCUCGAGGACGCCGGCACCAUUGUGUUCUCUGCAGAGGGAGCGAGGACAUCAGCAAGGCUCACUGUUAAAGAGCCUCCAGUGACAUUCCUGAGGAAACCAGAAGACCUGUGCUUUCCAGAAGGUGCCUUGGUUUCCAUCGAGUGUGAGCUGUCGAGGCAGAAUGCCGACGUGAAGUGGCUGAAGAACGACGCUGAGCUGAAACCCUGCAAGAGCUAUCGAAUCUACUCCACGGGCAGAAAACGGUUCCUCCAGAUCCUCAAGUGUGAAGUCAGCGAUUCAGGGAUCUACACUUGUGACGCUGGAGACACUAAAGCAUCCUGCUGCCUGGAGGUCUACGAGCGGGUGGUGGAAAUUGUGCAACCCCUGGAGGACCUGGACAUCCAGGAGGACCAAAAUGCUGUGUUCAUGUGUGAGGUGUCACGAGGUGAUGUUCAGGGGCAGUGGUUCUGGAAUGAGGAGAGGAUUCGUCCCACCAGCACUGUGAAGAUCCGACAGGAGGGGACCAAGCACUUUCUUCUGAUGUGCAACGUGAAACCAGAGGACUCUGGGGAGAUCAAAUUCAUCGCGAGGGAAGCUGAGUCCAUAGCCUACCUGGAAGUAGAAGAACUGCCUGCCACCAUAGUGAAGCCGCUGAGAGACCGCACGGCACUGGAGAACCACAGAGUCAUCCUGGAGUGUACGGUGUCCACACCGCGCUGCGACGUGCGCUGGUUCCGCGGCGACAACGAGAUCAGCCCCUCGCAGCGGUUCGAGAUCUGCAGUGAGGGCUGCUACCACAAACUGGUGAUCCAUCAGCUGCGGCUGGAGGACGAGGGCAGCUACAGCGUGUGCGUGGGAGAGCACACAUCCUCGGCCAGGCUCAUGGUGGAAGCCCAGGCUCUCCUAAUGGUCCGGGAGAUUGAGGAUGUGGAGGUGACAGCUCCAGAGGAGGCCCGCUUCGAGUGCCAGGUUUCCGUGCCAGCAGCCCGGGAGCCCGUGUGGAGCCUGAAUGGGGAGACGCUCCAGUCUGGUCCAAGGGUCCAUUUGGAAACCCUGGGCACCGUGUACAGGCUGACCCUGAGGAGCACCACAGUGGACAUGAGGGGAGAAGUUAAGUUCACUGUGGGAAAAGCCAAAAGCAUCGCCAAGCUCACCGUCAAAAGCGAGUAAAGAAGCAAUGAUAGUCAGCUCCUCAAACUCUUUUUCAGUGCUUAUUGCUCAAUAUUCCUCAUCUUGAUAUUAAUCACCAACACUGAGAAACACCAGGCAGGAGAUGUAAACACUGUGGAAGUGAGUUGAUUGCAGGCGGUCCCACACUCCUAUCCUGUUUUGGUGCUCUUUGCUGCCGUCGACCAGGAAAAUACAGCUCAUGUUUGUUCUACUACAUACAGAAAAUCUUUAAGUGAAUGAAUGCGUUUGAAAAUCUGUGUAAUAUAUUUCAGUAAAUACAUUAAAUUGAUCACAUUAAAUUAAAUGAAAUUAAUAAAUUGAUGAAACCAUUACAAAUGUACAGGCUGCCUCGAAGCAGACCAGACGAUAGACCACAACUUUCCCUCCGAUGUAACGCAGCAAAAGGCCUGGAGGAUCUGGACUCUCCUGCCUGGUGUUCGUUUCCUGAACAGACCUGUAGGUUCUCACACACACAGGUGAACAAUAAGAAUGGAAAGUAAAUGUCCCCUGUCACUCAGAACUGCUGGAAACUCUGUCUGUUUUCAAGAAGGGUCUGAAAACCCACCUU